GAUUGUUUGCUGCACUGUUUUUAAUGAUUUAUUUUUCAGUAUUUUUAAAUUCAACGAUUGAUCGAGUUUAAAAUUUACGAAUAAUUUUGCGAUAAUUCCUUUAAUGCUUUUUAACUUAACGGCAAACGAAAUAAAAUAAUCGCGACUGAAAUCACAGUGGUGCAGGUAAACAGACAUUGCAAAAAGUGAAAAACCAAAGUUAAAUUAAAUUUUGAAACAGCGAGAAGCGAGUGAAAGAAAAUAAUAGCGCGCCAAUGCAAAACGUCCUCGGGAAAACAUCGAUGCGCAAACUGGAAAAGAAUUGUAGGUGGGACUAUGUUGUUUCUAAGUGCCUUAGCGAUCGGGAUGAUCGGCUUGCAGAACGUGACUCCGGAGACGACCGAGAGUGACGUCGGGACGACGGACAUGGGGCUGCCGGAGACGCCGACGGUCCGGCCGUCGGUGGCGGACUUCGUGAACGUGACGGUGCAGGAGCGGCCGUCGAUGUGGGACCUGUACCUCAACCACUGCCCCAAGUGGCGCCCUGUGAACCACGUGUUCUUCCAGGCGGCCAAUGUUUUCUUCCUGCUGUCGUUCCUAGCCCCGCACACCCCGAGUGGCUUAAUCUGGCUCCGAGUAGCCCUGAUCCUCGGCUGCACCUUCUCCGGACUCUGGGCGUGGAGCAUCGAGUGUUACCUGGACGCUGUCGUGUGGAAUAGUGCAUUUAUAGUGAUAAACUUUAUAUACUUUGCUGCUCAGUUCUAUUUGCUAAGACCUAUCAAGUUUCACAAGGAAAUUGAGGAGGUAUACCUGGCGCUGUUCAAGCCGCUCCGCGUCUCCCGGCGGCAAUUCCGACGAGUGUUGAUGUGCAUGCGCAACGUGAGACACCUCAAGUGCCAAGAGCUGUACGCGCACGAGAAAGUCACGAAGGUGGACAGUCUGUCGCUGGUGCUGUCUGGAAAACUGGUGGUGUCGCAGAACCAGCGCGCGCUUCACAUAGUGUUCCCUCACCACUUCCUAGACUCACCAGAGUGGUUUGGUGUGUCUACUGACGAAUUCUUCCAGGUGUCAAUAAUGGCGAUGGAGGAGUCCCGGGUGCUGGUGUGGCACCGGGACAAGCUGAAGCUGUCCAUCAUGUCGGACGCCUUCCUCCAGGCGGUGUUUGACCACAUCCUGGGCAGAGACGUCGUGCAUAAGCUCAUGCAGGUGAGCGAAACGAUGUCGGUCAGCAACGGGCACCUGCCCAACAGCUACGAGGAGGGGGAGGACAAGCCGAUGCUAGUGGUCAAGAAGUCCGGAGACGGACCUGGCAUCACGGCUCUGCUCAAUCGGCAGUUGCAAGCAAACGACCCAAAUGCGUGGCGACUCGGGCGAAUCGACGAGGCUGAUCACGAGACACCAGUUUGAGGCAGGGCCCUGCACCUAGCGGUGAGGCCAAGGGGCCGCCGCUAGGGCCAACUCAGCCUGGGGCCGUAAAGGCCUACUCAGCCUGAGGCCGAAGCGGCCUGUUAACCUAAGGCCGUUGAGGCCCUGAUGGAUUGAAGACUGUGAGAAGUCGUGAACUGUGAUUAUCGUUCGCUGCCUAAGCUAAGCUAUAAAUAUGCUAGAAAUACCUUAUUAAUAUUAUAUUCGGUUGACAGCUAUACUAUAUUUUAGACUGUAUUAUUUUCAAUGACAAAGUUGUGUUGCGAAGUGGCUCGCUUGUUUUAAAAAAAAUUGUUUUCAUUAAGGCAUCUUGUUAUAAAUCUAGUAUAGCUUACCAGCAAAGACUUGCUCAUCGCAUGGUAUAGCUUAGCUUACGUUGUGGGACAGAAGCUUAAUAGUCAAAAACAAUAACAACAAAUAUGUAGCUAAUAGAAUAUAUUUUAAAUUGGAAGAGUCGACUUUAUAAGCACAUCGAGACGCAUUUAUGAAAACGAGUUGAUACUAUUGACAAUUGUCAGAAUAUUUUUAAAACUACCCGAGAUGGGGCAAAGCAAAAAGGACUUGAUAUAGAGUUAGAACAUUAUUUUGUAUAUAAUGUUUAUGUAGAUAGAAAUAAAGGUAUUGAAUAUUGUAUAUUUAUAACGUCAUGUGGCUAUGCCACGAAAACUAAAACUUUCAAAUCGAGUUGUUGACAAAUGACAAGUGUUUGCAAAGGGGAUGUCUAUAUUCCAAAUUGUAACGGGCAUAACGUUUCUAGUAAUAAAGUUAAUGCCUUAAUUAUACUAAUGUUUAAAACACUUAAAAUCCCAGUGUGGAAUAGCCUUAUUCUAGGCGUGUAAGGUAAAUGAUAUUAUGUAAUUAAAUUUAAACGAGAUUCGACAUAUGUAAAGAUAUGAGUAAUGUAAAUAAUAUCUAGAACUUAUGUGUACAAAAUUGGAUCGAUAUAAUUGUCUGAAAAAAAGAGGUAUGCUGAAAAAGUUUGUUCAAACUAAGUAUUAUCCAGACGCACAAAAUGAAACUAUCAUGUUCUCAUAUACCCAGUGGUCACAAAAUUUAAACAGCAAACAAUAUAGUAUUAACGUGUUAUAUUCAACCGACUUCCAAAAAGAGGAGGUUCUAUGUUCGACUACA